ACCACAUAUGACCUAGGGUCUGCCUUGCGAGCACAUACCACAAAAGCACGUGGAGAGUUGUGUUCAUCAUGACAGUCGACCUUGGCCUCCCAGCGGACCUGCACGAGCGGGCUGUGCGUCAGUUUGAUGCUCUCCAUGCAGAGGGCAGGCUGCUGUACAGCGAAACUAAGCCUGAGAUAGUCACUCAUAACGGCUUCACUUUCGAGUUCCGCAUCUGCCCGAUCCUCAAUGGCAAGCAGAUCCUCAGCAAGGACGCCCCCGAGCGGUCUGGCAAGGGCGGGCCCUUCAUCAACCCGGACCCGACCUUCGUCGUGACACACAUUGGCAACACGCACACCCUGCUCCUGAACCUGCGGUGCAUCUACAGGCCCAUGUAUGUGCUGCACACGCGCUUGUUCGCCCCGCAGACUGACGACCUCGACGUCACCGAUGUGUCCGCGGCGUGGGACAUUAUGGGCAACCUGGCGAAGUCGGCGGGCCCGCAGAUGAUGAUUUACAACUGUGGCGUGGAUGCCGGGUCGUCACAGGGCCACAAGCAUGUGCAGAUCUUCGAGUGCAGCUCCAGCAUAGAGCUGCUCCCUUCUCGAGCAGAGUCCACGACGGAGAUUGCAACCGACAUACCCAGCGUGCCCUACGAGCACUUUGUCCUGCGCCUGCCAGCAUCCGCCACCGCAGCACAAGUCCACUCCUCACUGCAACGGCUCGUCGAUACAGCCCGCGAGAGACGCGGUCCACACGGACAGUGGUCAGACUACAACGUCGUGCUCACAGCGGACUGGGUCUGUGUAAUCCCGCGCCGCCACGCCGUGAUGGGUACGACGGGCGCAAACGGCGCGGGCAUCGUGGGCCUGUGCUGGGUGCGCGACCAGGCGGAGCGGGACAGCUGGGAUGAGCUGGGGCUCACGCGACAUCUGGCAUAUCUUGCUGUCGAGAAGAAAGUUUUGUAAUCUUUGGGACUUUUGGACCAUUCCAUGGAUAGAAUAAGCACAAUAGUAGAGAUAGAAGUUUGCAAG